UUCGAGUGCCACUGUUUAAAAUGGAUGCUGCGCCGCUCUGCGUUGUUAAUAAUGCUUCACAGCGGCAAUCCAGAGGUCACCGGCAAUCCAGAGGUCACCGGUUCGAUCUCCCCGGCGCGCGGCACCCCUUUGCAACAGUGGGAUAUUUUCUUUGCUGAAUUGGCUAAACCCGUUCGCAAUUUGCGCUGCGUGAUCAUAGUACCGCGUGACAGCUAAGGUCCUAUAUAACACGAGAGUUUGGAAGUACGAAUUUGACUGGCAUGUAAAGGAAUUGAUUGUACGUAGGCGUCCACAUCAUAAGAAAAACUAUGAAACGUAGCCGGUGGAUUAAAAUAUGUUUUUGUCAAAUGUCCGAAUCAUUGUAAUGUGUCGUUUUAAGGUUCUUAAAUAUUGAGGCCGUCGUAUUUUUGGUUUGAACUUAUUAUUGCGUUCGGUACAGUAUUUAACAGGAUAAACAUCCGUUAUUGAACAGCCAUGCAACGCACAUUUUAUAAGUGGUUCGUUUGCAUGGCCUACGCGUGUGAAUAUCGUUACACGAGACGGUCACGUUUUGUUUGAAAAUGAGCAGCGAUGCGCAAAGAACAGCCGAAUGCUGCGGUUGUGCAAUUAAAUCCGCACCUGCGCAUGGAUGGCCCAAUACAAUUGUGCGCUUUGUCCGUGAAUUAUCUUGCAGCGGCAUCGGCUCGUGUUGAGCAGAGUGAAUUCACAUUGCAGCAAAUUCGUAUGGAUUGUCCGAAUCCAACACAAUCUGUGCACGUGGCAAGAGGAAAAGGCCAUUGGGCAUCAUGCCCUGGAAAUGUUAAAGCUCUCGCAGAAAAACAGUGGUUCAAAGUGCAUUAAGUCCAUCGUACUGUUUAUUUAAAUGAAGCUGAGCAGUUAAAUGUGCUCGUAAAAUUACUCAUUCAUUAACACUUUGCUGAAUGAACAAUAAUACUGUAACACUUUAUAUUUUCAUUGCAGAUUUCUUUCCACAAAUCAGAAAUUGCAACGCAAGUGUAAAGUAUGGAUCGGAAAAAGCGCAGCCGAAGUGACAGGAGUGGACGUUAUCCAUCUGAUGGUGACCGAGACAAGUGGUCUCGCGAUGAGGAAUGGAGUUCCAAAGACGAUCGACAAAGUGAUGACUCGAUCAGUCCGAAACGAGAUGAUGGUCGAGAGUCUGACCGCAAAAACUAUGACUACAAAGAUGUGGACUAUCGCAGUGGUCCAGGAUACAGGAGGGAUUCACGCAGUUCAAGGAAUGGUGGCUCAGAGGAACGUGAUGACAAUACAGAGGACUAUGGCUAUGAUGCUAAAGAUGGAAACAGAUAUCAUCCGGAUGGAGGAUACCAUGACCAGGACUACAGAGGAAGCCAUUCUGAAGAUGUGCAGCCCAGCACUGUCAUAAUCUUGCGCAACCUGCCUCUGUCUCUCACCAAGUCUGAGCUUGAAUCUGAGAUGCAGAAGGUUGGACCUCCGCUAAGGGACGUGAGGCUGAUCCAAAACAAAGUGACAGGUCAGAGCCGAGGCUUCGCCUUCGUGGAGUUUAUACACUUGCAGGACGCUACCAGAUGGAUGGAAGCCAAUCAGCACAACUUUACCAUGCAGGGCCAGCGAGUGUCUGUGGACUACAGUCACAUGAAGCCAAAGCUCGCUGAAGACUGGAUCUGCAGCACGUGCGGCUAUCAAAACUUCAGCAGAAGAGAUCAUUGUUUGAAAUGUGGCAUUCCAAGAUCAUUGCUUGGAGAUGCGCUUCUUCCUUCUCCGUCUUCGGCUGGUCGCGAUGGAACAGAUGCAACAAUGCCCCUAACAGCGCUCAUCAUUCGCAACCUGGGUGCACAGACAACAGUGGAGGCCAUCAUUCAGGCUCUCCUGCCAUACGCCAUGCUCACGCCCACAAACAUUCGCCUCAUCAAGGACCGAAUGACCAACUACAACCGUGGAUUUGCUUUUGUUGAGCUUGGCUCUGUGCUGGAAGCCAGCCAGCUGCUGCAGAUCCUCACAACUCUACAGCCUCCCUUGAGGAUAGAUAAUAAGACGGUCAACGUAGAUUAUGCCAAGGGAAAUAAAAGGGAAGUGACUACUACAUCCGUGGCAAGCCUGGCCAUUGCUGCUGCUCACUGGUCUGCCACACAGGCUCCGCAUGGCUCUGACGCAGCUUGGGCAACACCUGAGGCCCAGCAAGCAAAUUACGCCUUGUUCCUGAACGGACAGCACCCCAACUACAUGCAGUAUGGGGAGGCGUACGGAGAUUACAGCCAGUACUACCAACAGGCAGCAGCCGACCCGAACCAGAUCGUCGCAGCAGCUUUGGCGAUAAAAAAUGCUUCUGCAGCCAACGUGCUUGGCACUGUCGCAGCGGGGAUUGCAGCUCAACAAUCCGCAGCAGCACAGGCAAGUGGUGCGCGCGUGGCUGCAAGCACGGCGCAGGAAUCGACCUCCAGUGUGGCAGCGGCGGCAUCCAUGGCGCAAGCGAGCACCACCCAUGCCACUCCCGCCGUUCCCGCUCCCACUGGAACGCAGCCUUACCAGAAAUACCCUGUCCCUGAUGUGUCAACAUAUCAGUAUGACGAGUCUUCUGGCUACUACUAUGAUCCUCAGAUCGGCUUGUACUACGAUUCCAGCUCCCAGUAUUACUACAACUCGCAGACGCAAGAGUAUCUGUACUGGGAUUCGGAACGGCAGACCUACCUGCCAGCUUCGCAGCAGCAGCAGCAGCAACAGCAGCAGCAACAACAGCUACAACUUCAACAAAGCACGGAGGAAGGGAAAGACAAAAAAGACAAGCCAAAAACUAAAACUGCACAGCAGAUCGCCAAGGACAUGGAAAAAUGGGCCAAAAGCCUCAACAAGCAAAAGGAGUUCUUCAAGAACAGCUUCCAGCCGGUUGGGGCGGGCGGCAGAGAUGACGAGAGGGAGUCUGCCUCUGCGGACGCGGGCUACGCGAUGCUGGAGAAGCGGGCCACACAGAAUGACAGGCAGCUUGCUGUUUUGAAUCAGCUUCAAAAAAUUAUCGAGAAAAGAAACGAUGAAGACACAGAACCGGCGGAUUCGGAUGCAACGCUCGUGGCUUCUUACGGCGGUGGCAGCGACAGCGAGGAGGACAACUCGGCAGAGGCGCGCGAGGAGAAGCUGACGGACUGGGUGAAGCUGGCCUGCCUGCUAUGCCGCCGCAUGUUCCCCAGCAAGGAGGCCCUCCUGCGCCACCAGCAGCUCUCGGACCUGCACAAGCAAAACUUGGAACAACACAGGCGAUCCAAAAUGACUGCUGCUGAAAUAGAAGAGAUGGAAAAGAAGGAACGCGAGGCAAAAUACCGGGACCGUGCAGCUGAGAGGAGAGAAAAGUACGGGAUUCCCGAGCCCCCUGAGCCAAAGAAGAAGAAAGUGGUCCCAGAGCCCACGAUUGACUACGAACAACCAACCAAAGCUGGCAUCGGUGGUGACAAUAUUGGCAGCAAGAUGCUGCAGGCCAUGGGCUGGACGGAGGGCAGCGGCCUGGGCAAGAAGCAUCAAGGCAUCACGCUUCCCGUCGAGGCCAAGAAAAGAACACAGGGCGCUGGACUCGGGGCGAGGGGCGCCACCUACGGCGCCUCGGCAGCAGACACUUACAAGGAUCAAGUGCGCAGGGCCAUGAUGGCGCGCUUCAACGAGAUGGAGUAGUCGAGGUUACGGGGCGCCUGGAGCCGCUGCCGAGGGCCCGAAUGUUUGCUCCGUUUAUACUGCGCGGCAUUCAUCGCCAGGGAGCUUUCGCGACGGGAUGCUAGAGAUCAAUAAGAAUGGAAUUCCAAUGCUCGGCGACGUUUAUCAAGACGCCGUGCGACACACCGUAUGCCGGGGGGGGGGGGGGGGCGCGGAACGAAACCUUGUGUGCAUGUUGCAAAAAUAACUUGAGGAAGAAAAAAAAAGGCCAAAUGCCAACGUAAGUUUCUGAAUCGGCAUUUCGAAUUUGCUUUUUGCGGGGUGAGGGGUGGGGGGCGUGAAAGGUGGGGGAACUUUGACAAAGCGUACAGACUGCUUUUGAAAAUGUCGAUAUUGAAUGAUGCCCCCUGAGCAAAGUGUAGGCAUAUUCUUUUUCAUAGUUUGGCUCGUGGGUGGUAUAUAAAUUAACAUAGUGAAAUCUAAAACAAUUCAGGUAAUCGGCUGAUACGAGAAAUGUUUUGUUAUCUGUUUAAAGAAAGUUACACGUUGUGGUGUUGGCAUAAUUAUUUUCCUCCAACAGAACCUUGCUUGAAAAUGUACCAUAUUUUUUCGUAGAAAUUAUAGUUUAUGCAUCUGUUCUUCAUCUUGUAAAAUGUACCGUGUACAUUUUAUAUACGUUGCAUUUGUUAAAUGUUGUAUAUAUGUAAAUUACCGUUGUGUUCACGAUAGUUAACCAUUCUCUUUGCAUUUUCUGUAAUUUUCCUUUGCGAGUUAUGUCCAAGUCUUUUUGUUAAACGUAUAGACAAUUGUGCUGCACGUGCUUGCCAGCACUUAAGGUGGUCCAGCCAUGUGAAAUAGCUUUGAACUCAUGUCUUGAAAAACAAAAAUAUGUUUGAGUUAAGGUGACACUGGUGUGUUUACCAAGAUGUACUGCGUGGCAUGUCAGGCAAACCUGUUUGUAACUUAGUAGUCGGAGAUUUUUUUUAUUUAAAACAAUACCACAAAUGCUUUUGAUCUUUAAUCAUGUUCACCUAGUUCUUUGUCAGAGUGCUAAUAAUGUCUUAGAAACUCCAAUACAACUUUUUACAUGUUUUUUUUAGUCCUGUUAACAAAACAUUUUUGUUUGGAAUAAAUUUCAAUGUUUGAAAAAUAAAUCCACAGUUGUG